CCCACGUGCCACUUCUUCUCCUCCCCGCACUCGGGCUUCUGCUCUCUCCAUGCUAUUCGAUCCGAUGACCUGUUCGAUUGAUCCUAUCGUUGCCUCCGCAUUACCUUGACGCAAUGGCUGCGAGGAAGAGCCAACAGGAGAUGGUCCAGGUUGACCGUGCUGAGCGGGUGAAUUCGCCGUUUUGGAAGGGUAGAUCGGUAUCCCAUAAUCAAGUGGCUUCUGCACAACAUGACCAAAAUACGGUUGUUGGUGCCUCAUACUCUCACGCUAACAUCAUGAAAGGGAUCUCGCAGCAGCAUGCGCGCCCGCGAACCCCACCUCGGUCAUCGUCUACCAAUACCCAACGCACAUCUUUAUCACCCCAUCGAUCAAGUGGAUGGUCCACGUCCCCCCAUACUUCAUAUUCCGAUAUCAUGAACCGCGGGAUUGAAUCAUGGGGUCGUGAUCGGUUGGGAGAAGACGACGAGGAUGAAGAGGAAGAGGAAGAGGACAUUGUCUAUGAUGAUGAUGAGGACGAAUUUGGACUCCCUAGUAUUACCAGCAUGCGGAAAAAACAGUCACAGAGUGUUGGCACUUCUCAGCCCAAGCCUGUUGACCCGGGUGGAGGGUUUGCUAGCAAUGCCUCAACCCUCGGUGUUGGCCUGGGAAACAAUCGGCAACGCGCAAAUAGCUCGGAUAUUGCUGAAGAACGAGGUGUUCCUAUGUACCCGACGGCUGGAACUGGAGAGGGCAAGAUACUGCGACCUCAGUAUAAAGAAAUUUUGAAAGACCCUGCCAAUGCCUUGAAUCUCAUAAACCACGCACCGCCUCCUAAAAAUUCAUCUCCCAAGGAGAUGGACAUAUAUUCCAGUCGCAUCUCGCGAAUCAACAAAUUCAAACGUCUUCUACAAACAAGCACCGUUCCUCUGCUUGAACUGAGAAAUCUUGCCUGGUCAGGGGUCCCUGAUGAAGUUCGAGCAAUGACCUGGCAAUUGCUCCUCGGUUAUCUCCCUACAAACAGUGAAAGGCGUAUUCCAACGCUUGAAAGAAAGCGCAAGGAAUAUUUGGACGGGGUUCGACAAGCCUUUGAGCGUGGGAGUGCCACCAGUUCUGGAAACGCACCUUCGUCUGGCGCUGGACGCAGCAGAGGCCUGGACGAGGCGGUAUGGCAUCAGAUCAGCAUUGAUGUCCCCCGGACUAGCCCUCAUAUUCAGCUCUACAGUUAUGAGGCUACCCAGCGGUCCCUAGAGAAGAUUCUUUAUGUCUGGGCUAUUCGGCAUCCUGCCAGCGGAUACGUGCAAGGUAUCAAUGACCUUGUAACACCCUUCUGGCAGGUAUUCCUGGGCACUUACGUCACUGACCUCAAUGUUGAGAGAGGUAUGGAUCCUGGCCAACUACCCAGGAGCGUGCUGGAUGCUGUGGAAGCGGAUACAUUCUGGUGCCUCACCAAGUUACUUGACGGUAUCCAAGACAAUUAUAUCUAUGCUCAACCGGGGAUUCACAGACAAGUUAGGGCCCUACGCGAGUUGACAAUGCGUAUUGAUUCUACGCUUGCUAAGCAUCUGGAGCAAGAGGGAGUGGAGUUCAUGCAGUUCAGUUUUCGAUGGAUGAACUGCCUCCUCAUGCGGGAAAUGAGUGUACAGAACACCAUACGGAUGUGGGACACAUAUAUGGCAGAGGAGCAGGGUUUCUCGCGAUUCCACUUGUAUGUCUGUGCGGCCUUUCUCGUGAAAUGGUCGGACCAGUUGGUCAAGAUGGACUUCCAGGAGGUAAUGAUGUUUCUGCAAGCUCUUCCCACGAAGGAUUGGACGGAUAAGGAUGUCGAACUUUUGCUAAGCGAAGCAUUCAUCUGGCAAAGUCUAUUCCAGGACUCUCGGGCUCAUCUCCGUCCGGCUGGAGACCGAUCCCCAGAGAAUGACCUGCAGUGACGACAGUCAUGAUUCAUUAAUAAUAGCACCUGUUUCAUUAGUAUAUGG